UUUGCGAAGUAGGAAGUCCAAAAUUUUGGCUCAGAAUGCUGAGAGUGCUCUGUAUCUGAAUCAAUUUCUUCUAUCACUGCAGCAAUGGAUAAUCACUUUGACGUUAUCGUGCUUGGCACCGGUCUGAUCGAGUCCAUAACUGCUGCUCGCACAUAUGACCCCAAUCCAUAUUACGGUGCAGACGAAGCAUCUCUCUCAUUAGAUGAACUCGUGCAGUGGGUUAAUCGCCGUAAAGAGCACGAUCGUUCCGUCACCCAUUAUGGUGAACUCCCGUCUUAUGCGAGACAGUACUCAGUCUCAUUGGGUCCUUCGGUCAUUCCAUCUAUCGGCCCUUUCAUUUCGUCCCUCAUUGCAUCUGGCGUCUCUCGCUAUGGAUCUUUCAAGCUCCUUGGUCGCGUUGUUAUUUAUGAUGGUGGGAUGUUGAAAGAUGUGCCUCAGAGCAAGGAUGACAUCUUUCAGAGCAAGGCGAUGAGUCUCUUAGAGAAGAGGAGGGUCACACGUUUCCUUAUGUUUGCUGCUGGAGAUUUCGAGAAUAACAAGGAGCUGCAUGGCCAAGAAAAUUCGCCCUUGCUCGAUUUCUUGCAUAGGAUUUUUUUGCUCAGCGAGGCAACCGCUCGGGCCAUCACCUAUGCCCUGGGAUACUGUUAUUUUAUUGCAGAAAAGACUCUUCCCGCUCUGCAUCGUAUCCGCGCUUACCUGAAGGCAUCUGGUCGCUAUGGGCCAUCCUCAUUUCUUGUUGGCUACUACGGUGGCUCGGGCGAAAUUGCACAAGGCUUUUGUCGGGCAGCUGCUGUGAGGGGAGGUGUUUAUAUUCUAGGACGAUCCGUUACAAAAAACCCUGUUUUGACAUCAGAUCUACCCCGGUUCGCUAUUGAAGUCGACGACUUUCCAGACCGUCUUCACUGUCGAUGCCUGAUAUCGUCGACUUCUCUUCUACCAGGACACCUUAGCACCCUAGCAGAUGUCAUCCGUCCGAGUAUAUCAUCCUACAGCUCCCCGCGGCCAUUUGCAGUGGCGCGAUGUAUUGCCGUCGUUAAUGGGCCAAUUACUUUGCCGUGGGAUAUCGAGGAUUCGGGAACGUCAGAAGUGUCGGAUUCUUUACUUCUUGUCUUUCCGCCGGGGUCGUUACACGGGGGAUCGGCUAUUUCUGCUGUGCAUGUUAUGACAGCAGGUCCAGGUAUCCUGUAUAUCUCAAUGCCUCUUCUUACCAAUUCUGUCCAUUCGGCUGAGAUCCUUUUGCGCCCCUACCUAACAGCUGUUCUCUCAUUGUUUCCAGCUGAGCAACAGCAGCAGAAAACAUUGAUUUCCAGUACCUCUGAUCCAUUGGUAGGGCUCCUGGCUGUGCCUUCAUCAAGCCCACAUAUAACACAGGGGGUAGAUGAAGCUGCAAUAGUUGCUGAGGCUACCUUUAGAAAGGCAGCAUAUUCUCUUAAUAGAGAGAUAAAAGAGAUGAAUCAAGGAUGUGAGCAAACUGUGUUUUGGCCUGUGUUAGCUGAGAUGGAGGAGGGAGAAGGUAAUGACAUGCAUUGGUAGAACACAGCUAUCUAUAUAUCAUACAAGAUAUCUACUUGCUGGAGGAGGGAGAUGGAGAACUGUUUAUCUAUGUAUAAGACCUAGUGUUUCAAAUAUGAGUCUGUUAACCAGCA